CGAUGGCCUACGUGCGGACCAAAGUGCAUAAACAACCUGUAACGGAUAACAUAAUAAUGUGAGUGCCAGUGAAAAUGGAUGGAAAUCUACUGAUACUUUUUCUGUUAUUAAUAUUUUUUCCUGUCAGCCACGAGGAUUGCUAUGAAUAUUAUGCAACGUCAGCAAAACGGUGCAGUGGCUUUUGGUGGUGGCGGCGUUGUAGAAACGUAUAUUCUAGGCGACAAAAAUGUUGUGUAGGAUACAGUGGAUCAUCGUGUUCUGAACCGUUAUGUCGAAGAGGAUAUGGCGCCCACACAUGCAAUAUGUAUAACGAAGGAAACGUGAAACAUAGAAAUGGUACAGUAGUGACAGACAGUGGCGGGGAAAGUUACGCACCUUCAAAAUGCAGGACUUGUAACAAGGGAUACUAUCCUGUUGAUUUAUAUGGCGGAUACUGCAAAGCAUGUGCAUCCCCUUUGAACUGCAAUUUGCCGGUAUGCACAUCAAAUAGUAGCUCAAUGUGUGAAUAUUGUGUCGGUGAAUAUCAAAGAGAAAAGCCAGGCUACAAUGUUUAUACAGGAAAACCUGACGAAAGAGUAUGCCAAAAGGCAUGUUCCUGGAAAGAAGGAGCAAGAUGUUUCCCAGGCACGUGCCACAACGAAACGUACAUGAUUUAUGAUACAAACUGUGAAUGUGCUAUUGGAUUUGCUGAUAAAAAUAAUGACUGCACUAGAGCCACUGCAGACAAAAUACCAACAAUAAAAGAUAUGUCAUUUAAACUUCAAGAUUCUAAGGGUAACUACCUUAUAGUCGACAAAGCGUUAAACAAAUAUAUAUUCUGGACAAGAUAUACGGUUUGGUCAAGGAUAAGUCACAAUGUGUCUUCUCACUACAAGCCCGAUAUUGACAGCUCAAGGAAGCCAAAUUAUAUCAAUGGUUAUUAUAUCGGAAUGGACACACUGACAAUUGCCAUGACAUUAUCAAGGGGUGCAGAUACUGGUACAUGGAAUGAAAACGGAGAAUGUACAAACUUCAAUGAAAACUGUAAUAAAUCUCUCAACAAUAAACCGAUACGUGAUAUAAAUCCAUGGAAGAAGAUUUACAAAGGACAGUUCAAACAUGCAGAUAGAAUUAAGUUUGAAGUAUCAGCUAGAAAUGGAGGUAAAGUUUUGUAUGAGGACAGGAGUACACCACCAUAUCGCCACGAGCAUUACUUCCUCAGUGGAAUAGUGACAUCCGAAGUUCUUGAAAUUGGAUUUGAUGAGUAUCCACCGACGCAUUGCUUUGAACAAAGUAACAAAUGCACUAGAGAUGCACUGAUAGCAACUGAUUUUCUUACGGAGCCAAAAGUCAAAGUGCAAUGGGGUGGAUGGACCGAUGGAGAUUCCGGUAUAGAUAAAUACGAAUUCAAUAUUUAUUAUCUACAUGCAGCAACACUUGGUGGUCCACUUACCAAUAAAUACCUGUUACCAGCUGUAAUCGUUGAACAAACUCAAAACAGUUCUUCAGUUACUUUGGACUUACAGGAGCCAGGGCCUUACUCAGUCGAGAUUAUUGUAUUCGACAGUGCAGGAAACGAAAAAAUUGCUAGACGAAUCGUAUUGUUUGACAAUGAAUCUGUUGUUGAACUUUUCGGAAGUAAGGCUAGUAUUCGUCAGGCUCAGGAAAAUGGAUGGAUUAAUAAAUACAGCGAUAUUAUCGAACUUGUUUGGUUUGGAAGAUUCAGAAAUGUUCGGCAUACAGUCGGAGGUUGGCUUAAUAAUGUUCAAGAAAUUGAUGACGUCAUUAGAGACCUUGACGAUCGCAAAGGAAGAUCCAGUAGAACAGUUGAUAACACUUUUAAUGUUGAAGGAAUUGUACGAUUUGAUAUUGCUCGUAUGGUUGAGUUGAAUGGUGAUGUACGAUAUACUGACUUUGAACGCGUCACUGGGGAAUCCUUCAGUCUUCAAACAAUGACCUACAAUAAUUUAGAAUUCAUAGACGGAAAGAAGCUGACCUAUUUCAUCCGCGGAACUGAUGCUGUAGGGGAAUUCGCCGAGGACAAUGUAACCGUAAUGAUAGACCUGUCACCGCCAAUUAUACAGAACUUGUGGCUGACGAAAGGGGAUUGGGUCAAUAUAAGUGUUCACAGCGUUCUGGAACUGACGGAACUGACGAUUGAAUGGGACGCAUUUGAUUAUCACAGUGGUAUACAUGAGGUGUCAUGGAAGAUAUUUGAUAAUUUCACAAAGAAUGUUUUAGUUCAUGGACAAUCUUACGAACCCCCACAAGGUGAAACAGAGACGUUAGACGACUGCAAAAAGACUUAUACAUUACAUGCUCGAGGACCUAAUUGCUACUGCUCGCCCUAUAAUGGAUGCUUUCACAAACAUUAUCAAAUCAAACCACAAGUAUCAAAUGACAAUAAUCGUGGUAUACAUUUUGGUCGGGAAGUCGGAGAACAUGAAUAUGACUACUUCAUAGAAGUAUCUGUGAAAAACAGUGCCAAGCUGACGUCUGUCCUACAGAAAAAGAUAAGUAUUGACACAUCACCACCUCAUGAAGGCAUUGUCCACGAUGGAAUUCCUGGAGCCCCGGAAGUUGACUUUCAGCAAUCUCUGCAACUGACUGGAUACUGGGAUGGCUUCUUUGAUGAAGAAAGCGGUGUAUGGUUUUACACUUAUGCCUUUAACGACCGUUGCUUAAACGAAAAUGAUCUAGACGUACAUUUAAAGGUGAACUUGACAUAUGAGAACAGGGCCGAAUUUUCAGCUCCAAAACCUGGAAAGUAUUACCUGACGAUCAUGGCAUAUAACCACGCUCUUGAUCACAGUAAGCCUGUCUGUUCUGACGGCGUUAUCAUAGACGCAAUACCAGCAGUAGUGUCCGAAGUUGUGAUUAAAGAUGCAGUAACAGCAAACGGUCUCGUCAAAAGUGAUGUUAACGAUACAGUUUACGUUCUACAUAGAAACAGAGUAUUGGAGGAAGUUGAACUUCCAUCUAAUGUUUGCAGAAUUCGAUCGACCACAGUCUCAGAAUCCAUAUUGGAACUUUACCCUCAUAAAAGGCGUUAUAAUGGCACACUGAACUAUGCAAAGUUACAUAAUGACUGUAAUGGCCUGCAUGGCAUCCAUUCAGACUUGAUUUCAUAUAUCAUUUCUGAUUUUAAGGUUGAUAUAUCCUGGAAUGUAACAUACGAUGUUGGCAGCGUGCAUGAUUAUGAAGUUGGAAUUUCCUCUACCAAUUCUGAAUUCCCUGAUGUUAUGGAUUUUACGUCAUCGCAUGGUCACCAGCAUAUACGAUUGUUUCACCCAGAUAUAUUUGACGGGGAACAUUUUUAUGUACUAAUUAAAGCUAUUACAAAAACAUCGAUUACUGAUAUAAAGGUUGUAGGCCCAAUAGUAUAUGAUUCAACAAAACCAGACUUUACGGGGGAGAUACGCCUGUCAGUCGAGCAUACUCUGAAUGAUACAUUUCUUAUCGCAAAAUGGGAUAAAAAUGCAUUUACAGAUCACGGAGAUCCUAACGCCCUGUUCUAUCAAGUUGCUGUUGGUACCACAAGAAAUGGCAAGGAUAUUCUGCCAUUUAACAUUUUAUCUACCGGCGGAAGUUGUACUUUACUUAAACAUCCUUCGUGCACAGCGAUUUCCACCCAUUCCUUGACAUGGCAUAUGCAUGGUGAACAGCAUUAUUUUGUAACAGUCAUGGUUAGAGACACCGCGGGCAAUAUUUUGACUGCUUCCUCUGGAGAAUAUAGGCACUAUGUUGAGCUGGCAUCACAAGGUGUUGUUCAGGAUAUAGACGACACAAUAGUAAAGUUUGUGGAUAUUCAUGAUAUAGACUACCAAACACGUACAUCAAAGUUAACAGCACAAUGGUCAGGCUUCGAACAUCCUCAUGAAGAUAUCAACUUCACUGUUUGCAUUUCAAACGCUUCCAGUAGAGAUUAUAUGACGUGUGAAAGAAGUGAAGUCAAUAAUAACUAUACCUUUUAUGAUCUCAGCCUAAAUCCAUACGAGACAUAUUACCACACCGUCAUAGCAGAAACUGAGGCGGGAAAUGUCACUGUUAUUUCUGAUGGUGUUACUGUUGUUAUUGACGGCGAUGAAAUUAACGGAAUACAAGUUUUUGAUGGCCCGCCGUGCAAUGUUUCAUUGGAUAGAGAUCCCAAUAUCGAAAGGUCAUAUCACGACGAGGAGAAACGUUUAGUGUGUAAAUCAGACGUGGAUUUCCAAGCGUCUACAAAUGUUCUUCAAGCUCAUUGGACAGUUUCAGCCGACAGCGGACUUUACAUCAUUGAUAUAUACUGGGCAAUAGAGGAACGAGCUCCAGUUGCUGACAUCUGGAAGAAAACAACUGAGUAUCAACACUUGAGAACAACUACAUCUUACUUGGAGGAGAGUGGUUUAUUUUUAUCUGCUGGAAGGGCGUACAGAGUCUCCUUAAUGUUUUGCGCCGGGCAAUAUUGCUUUAAACCCGUACAUAGUGAUGGCGUCACUAUUGUUCCUAAUCCACCUACAACAGGGAAUAUGUCAGUUACCUUUACAACGAACAAUAAGAUUGAAGUUUCGCUGGAACCAUUCCUUGAUUCAGACAUUGAAGACUUGUCUCAGUCACGUGAAGUUAUGGAUCACUAUGAAUGGGCAUUUGCCGAUGAAUCUACUUUAGGUCGCCUACUUACAAAAUGGCAGCGAGUAACACCUCCUCACGCACUAACGGAAGUACUGUUACAGUUUACGAUAGACGUUCCUGAAAAUAUUGCAUUUCACAAAUGUUGGAUAUUAGCAAUGCGAGGAUAUACCAAAGCAGGCUUGUCGUCCACAGUAUCCUCUGAAAUAAGAGAUUGCCAAAAUCUUCAACAAGUCAGACCAAAUAUAGUCAUUGAUGCAGUGGGAGAGCUACUAUCAACAGAGAACGGCCAUGUAGGAAAAGACAUUUUCCUGGAGGAAAAUGAUAUUUGGAAAGAAUCAGAUAAAGAUUAUACUCCCUAUUACAACAUUUUGUCAGCAGUGUGGCCAACUGUAAGGUAUGCAAAAUAUGCUUGGGCUGUUUUACUGGUAAAGGAAAGCGAUCCAACUGUGUUCUUUGACCGGUCAAAUAAGCUGGAUUUGAGAAACCCAUGUGAUCAUCCUGAUGCUAUCAAAUGUGGCGACACAGCACACGAAUACGUAAACGUGCAAUUUCGUGAGGGAGAGCUUACACAUGGUAGACGGUACAUUAUUUGCAUUCACGCAAAUGCAUCAAAGCUUCAACAUGAAUUCUGGGAACAGGAUUUAGAUGAAAUAAACGAGUGCAGUAAUGGCGUGACAGUUGAUCUUACACCACCAGUGACAGAACGACGUGUGGAUAGGAAAUGAAAAGAAGCAUUUGUUUCAGACUUCUACAUCUGAGCUUUCUGUGCACUGGAACUCAUUUAUUGAUGUAGAGGAGGAGGGAUAUGCUACACAUAUAAGCGGGAUUACACACUACCAAGUAGCUAUAGGAACGACAGUUGGUGGUGUUGAUGUGACACCAUUCAUAGACGUUGGACUCACAAACCACAAGACUUUCCACAAUCUGAAGUUACAAAAUGGACAUACAUACUUUGCAACUGUAAUUGGAUACGAUUUUACCGGCCAACACUCAAAGUCUACAUCUGAGGGUAUAAAAGUAGACACAACACCUCCAGCAAGAUCACAAGCCUCUAUUACAAUACAAUCUAGACACAUUACUGACACACAAUUUGUCGACGCGUGCUGGAGGGAUGUCUUCCUGGACCUAGAAAGCGGAAUAUCGCAUUACAGUUGGUGUAUAGGGACACAUGCAGGUUACGAUGAUAUAUUUUCUUUUCAUGACACAAACGAAGAAUGUGAUAAUACACAACAGAAUACGCCUCUAUCUUUAAGAGAAGGACAUGCUUACUUCUUGACUGUAAAGGCUCACAACAAAGCCGGACUGUACACAGCAGCUUCGUCGUGGGCUUUUGUUGUGAAUGUUACACCGCCUGUAUCUGGCAAAGUCUUCGACGGUCCUCGGGGAAUAGAUGGUUCCUGUGUUGAUGUAGACUAUGUCGAAAGUCGUUCUUCAUUACAAGCACACUGGAAAGGCUUCCAUGACCCGCAUAGUACGAUUGUGGAAUAUUUCGUGAAUAUCGGAUCAUGUAAGAAGUGCGAUGAUGUCCUAAUAAAGCAACCAGUGGGUAUAAAAUCAGACAUUGAACUCACAUAUCUCCAGCUAUCAGAAGGACUUCAUUAUUAUGUGACCGUUACCGCAUGUAACACAGCAAAUUUAUGUUCAUCUGUUGCAUCUGACGGAUUUGUUUUCGAUUCAACACCACCUGUGAAAGGAAAAGUAACUGACGGACCUCGAGACAUGGAUGAACAAUAUCAAGGUUCGAGGAACUAUAUUGGAUGUAAAUGGCACGGUUUUACAGAUCCCCAGUCUGGAAUAUCUCACUAUGUAUGGAGAGUAGGAACAACCAAAGGUGGUGAUAAUAUACUGAAAGCUACAGAAGUUCAUAGACAUGGAAAAGCAUUU